AAGUCAAAAUGGUUAUAUAUUGACAGUCUUUUACGGCCAACCCUAUUAACUUUGGGAUAGUUUAAUAUUACUUUACUAGUCAUCCUUCUACAGCCAGAAGACCAGCUGGAGUGCUUCAGAACCACUCACCCUGGCAUGCCCAAGCCAGAGGAAGACCUGGGUCCAGCAAGCUGCCCACAGCAGCGUGUAAGCUGCUGGAGAGGCCCGGCGUAGGGAGCCCCACACAGGCUUCCAGAGAGCGGGAAACUCAGAGAGCCUGGGGAAGUGCUCAGGAGACAGCUGACUCACAGUCUGACAGCUGUGUAUUCCCAACCUGCCUUUCAAGUACAGUAAUCCUGGAAUGUCAGAGACAGUGGGCGCUCAUGAGAAUUGUGUCUCGCAGCUUUCUUUGCAUAGAAACUAGCCGUGUUUAAACAAAACAGAGUGCGAAACUGAGGGAACAAGCAGCCGCUGCUGUCUAGCUUCAGUCAGCUGGGGGAGAGUAAGUUCAGACAGCGAACCUUUACCCUGUCAUUCGGGUGUCUGAACAGGAUUGCGGGACAGCGAGAGAGCACCAGAAGCCCACCAAGGCCUAAGAGCCUAACCCGAAGAAUACAGACCACUAGUUUUCUUCCUGAUAGGUGGUGGAGCCCCUUUGUACCACUUUCCCCGCUUUCCCGCCCGCUUUCCCAGUUUUGGUUGUCACACUGGUUGGUUGCAUCCGGGGUGCACCGCGGGACCUGCGAUCCCGUAUAAGAUCAAUGCGGGGAAAAGCUCAGUUGCUGUUAACACAGGGUUCCCUGCUUUGCAGCAGACUGUAGGCUUCGCCCUGGCACCCUUGCCGUCGUGGGUUCUAUUCUGACAAGUACGUGAGGCGGCUGGACAGUCAGGAAGCAGGGAGGUGCCGUCAGACCCGUCAGCAGCUCUCCACCGGCUCGCCGUGUGCCUUGGUGGAACUUCUCACUGCCUGUUUCCCUUCCCACACCAGCCGGUGAACACCGUUGUGAGUGAAGAGUAGGACUUGAUGCUGCUCAGUGUUGAGAUAUCUUUGUACAAACGUAAUUGGACAGUCAUAUAGGAAUGAAAUAGGACCUCCAAAAGAUAUAGGAGGAAUAUAACUCCCAGCCUCCUAGAUGGCAAGACGCUGGUGUAAAGAAGGAUAGCCUGGAGGCACUGACAGGGCAGAAGUGAGGACACGUCUUUUCCAGCGUUGGAUCCUGUUACAGACUGACGGUGGCUUCCUCUGCCUCGAAAUCCGCUCUGGGGGAGGAACCCUGUCAGUCAACAGCAGCCCUGCAGACAGAUUCAGCCCUGCCAAGUCGCCCAAGAAUGCAGACCUGUGAGACCGUGGCCCAGACUCAGUUUACGCAGUACCAGGUUCCUGACCCGCGGAAAUGCUUCUCAUCCUGGCCAGACUGUCCCACAGGAGAUCUUCUGGCAGCCCAUGAUCUUCCGUCACCCUGGAAAGUCGGAGCCUGGUCCCGAGCCUUCCAGACAGGUGUACACCACUACACUUGGCUCAGGCUCCACCUCUCGGAUGUGCUGACCAUGUCUCACAUUGCCACACCAGGGACCAAGCUUCUAGUACAUAAACCUUGGGAGGUCACACUCAAGCCACAGCAGAAGGAUACCUGGAGUCACCCUGGAUCCAAGCAGGCAUUUAGCCAUGAUGAGGGGAGGCUUCCAGGCAGUAGCGAGACUUGGCCUCCACACAGCCCUCCGCAGGACCCUCCGUAUCCCGCCCAGACUCAGCUUUGCCUCAGCAACUGGAUCUUCCACAGGCUCCCUGGUCUCAAGAUUCUGUCCGGAGAAGACAGACUUGAAGGAUUAUGCUCUUCCCAAUGCCAGCUGGGGUCCAGACAUGCUGAGCCUGUACCAAGAGCUUCUGGAGAAGACCAGCUCAGAAGGCUGGAUCAAACUGCCCUCAUUCAAGUCCAACAGAGACCACAUCCAAGGGCUAAAGCUCCCAUCUGGCUUGGUAGCUACCUCAGGUGCAUCCAAGUGGCAGGACAAGGCUACGAGUAUGUCAUCUUUUUCCACCCAGCCAAGCAGAAGUCCGUCUGUCUUUUCCAACCAGGCCCCUACCUGGAGGGGGCUCCAGGGUUUGCCCAUGGAGGGUCUCUGGCAGCCAUGAUGGACGAGACCUUUUCUAAAACCGCCUACCUAGCUGGAGAGGGGCUGUUCACGCUAAGCCUCAACAUCAGGUUCAAAAACUUGCUCCCCGUGGGCUCUCUGGCUGUCCUGAACGUCCAAGUAGAGAAGAUUGAGGACCAGAAGCUCUACAUGUCCUGCAUCGCCCAGAGCAGAGACCAGCAGACAGUCUUUGCCAAGUCCUCAGGUGUCUUCCUUCAGCUGCAGCUGGAAGCAGAGUCACCCCAGGACUAGUCACUAUGCCAAUAGCAGAGUCAAGCCUGAUGGCCCCAGCCCCGUCUGCCGGGAACCCAGCACAACAGGAAGCAAGAGCUAUGGGUGUUGAGAGGCCCUUUCUCUGAGCAAAUAAACUUCCAGUGCCCCAUGCUCAGCCUUCUUGUAA